GGAUAUUGAGAUCACGACUCACGUUGAGAGAGACGAUUAAUUGAAUAAAAGAUUUGGACAACAGUUCACUUUAUAGGGUUUUUAGCUUAUUUUUUAUAAUCUUAUUUUUUUUUGCGUCAGUUAUCAGGAAAAGAUUUUUAUAAUAUAAAGCAGAUUCUUUCAAUCACUUGAUCAGAGCUCGUUUACCAGUAUUGAGAGAAACCUGACGAGGAAAGUGAUGAUGAAGUCGAAGUUGGCUACGCUCUUGGUGCUUGCGCAAAUUGCAGUUCAUUGCAUAGACGCAACAAAGACCAACAAUGAUUCUGCCACCAAUGCAAAUCUUACAGAUUUAUUUAUUGAAGCGCUAGACUUGCCUUCUUCUCUGGAAUUUCCAAAUCUUCCGUCACAACUCGAGAAUGUAUUUUUUGAGCCAGAGAAUUCGCUUAACAAAUCCGGAAAUUCGUCUUUGGAACUUGAAAUUCCAUCCCUUGGACUUUACUUAAGUUUACUUGAACAACCAGAGAACCAAAAUCAAAUGUUUGGACCGAGGAGUAUGCUUGAACAACCUGGGAGCCAAAAUCAAAUGUUUGGACCGAGGAGUAUGCUCGAACAACCCGAAAACCAAAAUCAAAUGUUUGAACCGAGAAGUAUGCUUGAGAUAUGAAGGAGCGUACAUGAUCCGUGAAUAUUUUCUUCAAGUAGCUAAAGUUAUUUUAUUAUAUUCCAGAAUGCAAAUACAAUGCAUAAUCUAGUUUAUAUUCAGAUUUUAUGUGAAUUAAAUGUAUAUUUUGCUUGUUUUUCGGGGCUUAUAAGUGAAAAUAUGCAAAUAAAGAAAUGACAUAAAUAUAAAAAA